AAUAGUGACAAGUAUAUGUCAGCCGAAAUGUAAAGCAGGACAAAAUUGUAAUAUUGAGCGGCCGAUUUUGUAUUUCAGUCAAAAAUACUUCGACAGGCGGACUAUACUUAACUUGUGUGAUUUAAAUAACAAGUUAUUUUAAUAUUUUUUAGAUAUAAUUUAGAUGUAUUUAAGUGAACAAAAAAGCCAUACAGUUUCAUAUUGAUACAUGUCUGUAAUACCAUCGAGUGGGAUUUAAAUAUAUCCUUUAACGAUACAAUAGACUGUCAGAAAGCCCCUCAGAUUGAUGCGUUACUAGGGAACUGCGUCUUGUUGCGUCAAACAUGACCAUAUUGUAUCUACUGUGCAUCAUCGCAUCGCAACUGACCGUGGUGUUCUCCAGCGCAGGAAAUGUAUGGACGUACAAAGAUUCACUUGGCCCGGAUCAUUGGCACUUGGACUACCCGCACUGCGGCGGCAUACGUCAGUCCCCUAUCGACCUGCAGACCCGAGAUGUGGUCGUUGACCAGGCCUACCUUUCCCCUAUCAUCUUCUCCGGAUAUGACCGCGCCCCCAAACUCUUCUAUACACUUGAAAACAACGGACAUACCGUGCAGUGUGGCCUGAACGACAAGACGAUGGAGAUUUCCGGUGGCGGCCUGAGGGACACGUACGUCGCCGAGCAGUUCCACUUCCACUGGGGAGCCACCGACGAGCGGGGAUCCGAGCACUCUCUUAAUGGAAAACACUUUCCUAUGGAGAUGCACAUCGUUCACUAUAACAAGAGGUAUGAAAAUUUCUCCAUCUCCGUUGACAAGUCGGACGGCUUGGCAGUGCUCGGAUUCUUCUUUGAGAUUGGGCGAUUUAACAAACAUGUUCAAGAAAUUAUCGACCACUUUGUCGAGAUACAGUACAAAAACGAAAAUAUCACUAUCAACUCCAUUCCCUUGAACGACUUGAUGCCUGCUCGUCUAACCAAUUACUUCCGCUACAUCGGUAGUCUGACCACGCCCCCUUGCUAUGAAAGUGUCACGUGGACCAUUUUUAAUGAGACCAUUGAAAUAGCAGAGGAGCAGCUGGUGCAAUUCCGCACAACCAUCUUCGAAAACGACAAGAGCGACGGUGGCCUUCCCAUGGACAUUACUGACGACUACCGGCCUGUCCAGUGCAUGUUCCGACGCCGGCUGUACGCCAGUCACCCAUCCCUAAAAUACAAUAUGGAGGCAGGAAAAACAAUAAAUAGCGGCGCCUCAUAUGUACUGAGCCGUCUCGUUUUCACUUAUUUUGUUUGCGUAUGGUCUUUUGUAACAUAAUUGUUUCUCUGAUUACCGGUUAUACAUUUGUUAAAUUUUACGUCUCUCUAUUCAUAUUGAACGUCGUUGAGUAGUUUCAUUUGUAGGUGUUGUUUCAUAAUUCCUAUACAUUUUCUAUACUUAUUUCCUCAGACUAAAAUUUGGGUAUUGUGUGGAAUAAAGUAUAUUUGAUGACUGUAUUUAUCUAUUCGGCAUGUAUUGUUUGCCACUAUAACUGAACUUACUGUAUACAUUAAUGAGCAGUUGUGUUACUUACCCAAAAAAGGUGAUUUAUGUGUAUUAAAAUAACAACAC